UGGCUGUGGUCAUCCUAGGCUGCAGAGCUCCGAACGAUGUUGCAUUACCGAUGAUGAUUAGACGAGUGGAAUUAGGAGUUAAGAUCUACAAGGAUUUUCAAGUGUCGUCUGUCGAACAUCGCAACUGGAAACUGAUAUUGACAGGCUACAAGGGCAGCGGUCAGACACUCAGUGAAGCUGCAGUGAUGAAAGUGCUCGCCUUAGAAAACGGCAUAGACGAAGAGAAUGUUCUUCUCGAAGAAAGAGCACGCUCGACAGUAGAGAACGCCUACUUCACCAAACUGAUGAUUGACGAAUUGGAUAUCAAUGAAAUUCACGUCGUUUCGUCAGAAUUCCACAUUCCACGAAGCAAAGUGAUUUUUGAUACGUUCUUCCACGAACCGACGUAUACCGCUCAUUAUCACGGCGCUCUCGAUAGCGAGCAGACAAAAGAAGAAAGAAAGAAGAAAGAGGAAUACGAGAUGAGCAUGCUACAUCACAACAUUCACCUCUGCAUCACUGAUUACGGAUCUAGAAAGAAACUGUUGAUUUUCAAAUCUGCUAUGUUUUCUAUUGAGGGAUUGGUUCAUGGGUUUACAAGUAGAGAAGGUGGUGUGUCUCGUUACAAACCCUUGGCUUCGUUGAAUCUUCAUUUUAACCCCAGACGCAGAGAUCCGAAAGUGUGUGUUCGUGAGAACUAUCGAAGGAUAGCUGCUGCUAUGGAGCUUAACGUGGACGCCUUUCAUAAUCCGCAGGCUGUACACGGAAGAGAUAUCUGGGUUAUCGGUGAUUCGCAGCCAAAUUCUUAUGAUGGCAUUGUAACGGAUCGCCUUGGAGUCGUCAUUACUGCUCCUGGUGCAGACUGCAUGCCCGUCUUGUUGUGUGAUCCGGUUCGUCGUGUGAUAGGUGCCUGCCAUUCCGGAUGGCGAGGGACCGUGCUGCAGAUUGCUUCUCAUGCUGUUGAAAUAAUGAAAACAAGGUUUGGUUGCAAUCCGACUGAUAUCAAGGUGGCUGUCGGGCCCUCAAUCGGUCCGUGUUGUUUCGAAGUUGACAAAGAUGUCGAACAACAGUUUGACAAUGCAUUCGUCAUUCGACGGCCUCAACGGGCUAAAGCGCAUGUCGACCUAUGGGGUUGUCUUUACGUCUCUUUACAAGCAAGUGGCAUUCUUGCAGAAAAUCUCGAUGUGCCACAACCGUGGAAGAAAACACAAGGACAGUUUACUUCUACUGUAACAUACUGCACAAUGUGUGAUCCUGAUGAUAGGUUCUUCUCUCAUCGUCGUCAUGGUCUCCAAUUCGGAACACAGCGUGGCAUUCUCAUGAUGAAAUAGUAGGUACUACUAUGUAGUUGCUUGAUGCAAUUGAUAUUGGCUGUGUAGGCAUGUCCACGUAGGUGGUUCAAGUCAACAGUCUGUUUCUUGUGAGACAACCGUCAUAAGUUUGUGGCAGAUUAAACUAACAGCACACUGGGCCCAUCCAUACCUGCAAUACAUUACCGAAACUUGAAGAUACACACAUCCUCUGUUGAUUACACCUCCUUAAGGCAUUGGGACCAAUGAAACAAGUGUUAGCCAGUAUCCUGUAGAGAUCGUUUCUGCUGCUCCAACUGUUGCCUGUAAGUGACAUUAUUAAUUAA